AUUACAUAUCUGCUGUAAAGUGACAGAUAAAAUAAAAAUGGCUGAAAAUGGGUUGGGAUCUGAAAUUGGAUCUCAAGAGUAUCUUGCAACAGAAGCUAUUAAUUUAGAUUUUAUCGAGUUAGAUCAUGCAGAAUAUGCCAUACCAACUGUGGAAGAAUUACCCUCCUUAGAAAGUAUAUUAACAGAACCUGAUUGUACGUCAUUGUCAGGAACGGACGAUGAUCUUGGAGCUGCAUCGAUUGAGAAAUUAGGUAGUAGUGAGACAACCAGUGUUGGCAGUCAUUUAUCUUUGAAUUCACUCAAUAAAUCUUCCAAAGCUUCACAGCAUCCACCGUCUGGAGCUAUUUUAAGACACGUAAUUUUAAAGGGUAUUUCUGCACAAAUUGUAUCAGCAAGUGAAAGGGUCAAUGCUGGAUUAGCAAGUGCAGUUACUGCUGGUGGAAAUAUGUUAGUAAUUGGUACUAGUCAUGGUUUAAUAUUAAACUUUGAUUCAUCACAAACAUUACGAUGGUGUGAUCAAGAAGCCAGAUAUCAAGGAUCUGUUUCUGCAUUGUGUUUUAAUCACGAUGGAAGUAGAAUAUUGGCUGGUUUUGCUAGAGGUCUUAUUUUAAUGAUCGAUAGUAGUGAUGGAAAAGUUUUAAGAACACUUACCGAAGUUCAUCCACUUGACACGGCUGUAUUACAUGUUAAAUUUACAGAUUCUUCAAAAGUUGCACUUUGUAGCGAUAGCGGUGGAUCUGUAUUUGAAUUAAAUUUUACAAGAGUUAUGGGAGUUCGAGGCUGUGAUAGUAGAUGCUUAUUUAGUGGUUCUAGAGGUGAAGUGUGCACUUUAGAACCUUUAUUACUAAAUAAUUUACCUUCUCAUCCAUUAAAAAAUUACACAUUAGUAGCAAUGGCCACAUUAUCUAAGGUGAUUGUUGUUUGCAUACGACCCAGAAUGAGAGUUCUUCUAACACAUUCACUAUCAGGUGCUGCAAUUGCACCUCCACAACUUUCUUGGCAGUUAGUUGUAAUACAAGCAGCUGAUGCAUCUCGAGUAGUUGAUCCAGUAUUGGCUCUUGCACGGGAUGAUGUAGUACAUUUUUACCAAGUAUCUACUGAAGCUGGUACCAGAGUGAAGUUAUCUCCUCUUCGCAGAAUGUCAUUUCCAUAUACUAUAAGCAAUUUACGGUGGUUGAAUCCAAGAUCUUUAGUUGUAUUAGAUACUCAAGAAAGAUUACAUUUAUUAGAUGUAAGAACGCAAGAUAGUUUAGAAACAUUGGAUAUGAGCCGUGUUUGUAUUUCAUAUGCUUCCAGUCAUUUCAAAGGAUUAUGUACAGGUGGUAACGUUUCUAAGGCAAUGGCAUUAGCUGGUGAAAGAGCAUGCUACAAUACUGUUAUAACAUUUGGAAAUCAACUUUUGUUAUUAGGUACAAAAAGCUUACAUGCAGUAUGCAUAAGAACAUGGACAGAACGAUUGCAGCACCUAACAAUGCAGGGCCGUUUUCCAGAAGCUUUGGCCUUAGGACUUUCCUUCUAUCAAGAUAAAGGUAAAGCUGUCGUUGGUCUUAGAGGCUCGAAACAACGGCGAAAACAAAUAGUUCGUGACACAGUUUGUCAAGUCUUGAUUCAAUAUAUGGAACAAUUGAAUCAUUCCUCUAUGACUGAUAAUACAGAAUUUGAUAUAGUCAGUAUUUGUGUGGAUUACUGUAUACAAUUGGAAAAUACAGAAUUAUUAUUUGGACGAUUAUGGGAUUUGGUAUCUGAAACCGAAGGGCUCAAAUCAAGUUAUUUGUGCGCUCUUGAAAGUCCAUUACUGAAUGGAAGUCUCAAUCCAAGAUUACCACCUUUAAUAGUUCAACAAUUAUUUAUCUUGUAUGAUCAAGAAGGGAAAGUGGAUUCGCUUCAAACAAUUGCCGUUUUAUUAGAUAUAGAUUGCUUAGAUAUUCAUCAGAUAACAACUAUUUGUCGCCGAAGAAGUUUGUGGGAAGCUCUUAUACAUCUUCAGACAGCAGCUUUAGGUGAUUUUACAGCACCUAUACACCAGCUUGUGCCUAUUCUUCAAAAUACAUUGACAAAUACCAAAGAAUCAUUAUCUCGAGAUAUUCUACAACUUGGUAAUGCACUUUUGGUUUAUGCUAGUUGUUGUCUUGCGGGACGCGGUUUCCCUAGAGAUACACUUCCUGAGGUUAUGUCACAGAGGGCAAAAACAGAUAUAUUGAGAGCACUUCUCUCUCAACAUUCCAGUCUAGCAAGUGAUGCAGAAAGACAAUAUCCUUAUUUGAGGACGCUGCUUCGUUUUGACGCAAAAGGUUUUUUAGAUGUAAUCGCCAUUGCCUUUCAAGAACCAGAAUUUACCUCUGAAAUGGGUCUUAGACAACGACAAAGACUCAUAGAUAUUUUAUUGAGCAUUGUUCUACCCAGUACACCUCUUACUCCAAUGAAUUCAGAUUAUAUUACGGAUGAACAAAGGACUUUAGUUCUAAUAUUUAUAGUAAAUGAAGCAGCAGGAGAUACAAUUAAUUUGGAACCAAAUAUGUUAAUUAGAAUAGUAGAAGUAUUAUGCGAUUGCUCAUCUGUUGUCACAUCUAGGGAUCUUAAAUCUGAAAAAGAGAAUGCAGUGUUAGGACUAUUAAACUCAAAGAAAUUGCGCAACAUAUCAGACACUACUUUAUUGAAUCUUGCACAGAAAGCUAACUUUAUGCGAGUCGCAGAGUUGCUGUAUACUGCCAGAGAGGAUUGGGUAGCAGUUUGCAAGUGCAUGAUACUUGAUCCUACUAGACAUUGUGAUAUCUGGCCUUGGUUGGAGCGACUUCCUGCAGCUUCAUUAUAUCCGGUCUUAGUAACUAGUGCUUCAGCUCUGGUGGCAAUAAAUGUUACACAAUUUGCUCUUAUUAUUGCGAAUCGAGUGCAAAAUAAAAUUCCUGAAAUUCUCAAAAAAUUUGAUGGUACUAUAAGUUUAGAAUAUGCUCUCCUAGGAGCUCUAUAUCAACUCAGUCAAUAUAAGGAAGAAGAAACUAGUCCAGAAUUGUCAACUGAACUUCUGGAAAAAUAUUUAACACUGAUGUGUAAGAUAGAACCAGAAAAUGUAGUCAAUCAUAUAAAUGGACCACAUGGUUGUAGAUUAGAUGAAGCAUUAAAAAUAGUAAAACAAUCAAAUCAUAUAGAUGCUGAAGCAGUAAUGCUUGAAAAAUUAGGAAAUUAUCAAGAAGCUUUUGAUCUUUUGUUAAAUCAAUUUAAAAAUCACUUGAACAUGUAUUGUAAGGAUAAAGCUUUUGAGAAAGAAGCUAUUAUUACUGCAAUGCAAUUAGCAGGGAUGUGCAGGAGAUCUGCUGGAAGCUUGAGUUGGAUGCCACUUGUAGAAGUUGUAUUGAAAACUCAUUCAGACAGUAUCAAUGAAAAUGUUGAGAAAUUGAGUGGAAAUUUGUUAAAAAUUAUUUUGGAAUCACUUAGUGGUACAACAGCACUAUCAACUGUAUUAGAACAAAUUUUAAAACAUCCACUAUCAAAAAGUGGAACGAUAGGUGAUAUACGUCAGUUACUCGAGGGAGUACUAACUCACUCUCAGUAUGAACAGACUCUGGUUGAAACUACAGCACGAUUGGUCAGCUUAGAACUUCAUAAGGCAUUGAAAACAUCUUUGAGAGAUGCAGGAAAAGCUUGUGCAAGCAUUUCCCUUAUUUGUCCUAUAUGUAGACAAAUUCUAUGCCAAAGUACGAAUUACGUAGCAAUUUUUGAAUGUGGACAUGGAUAUCAUUUAGACUGUUUGGGAGAACCCAGAUCUUGUUAUAAAUGUUUGAAUGCCAAAGGAUGGGCACCUGUUGUUACUAAUAUUAUACGGACCAGUAAUUCACAUCUGGAAAGAAAACAGAUUUUGCCACCAGAAUUUAUGCGUACUAAAAACUUCUCUUUAAGUCUUGCACCACCAACUUCUGUUCCUGAUCUUGAAGGCAUUUUUUAAUAUAAAUACUAAUAUAAAUGCGUGAGAACUUCAUGUAUAUAAGGACCGUUUUAUUUGUUGUUAAACAAACGUUAGUAUAUAACUGAUUUGAUAUAUUAUGCCUCAUCUUUCUAUUUUCACUCUCAUUUUCUGAAGUAUUCAUUAUACUUUGAACUAUUAUAUUUCUCGAAAUACAAUAUUAAAUUUAAAUUAUUGUUAAUGACUAUUUUUGAGAUAAAAACUGUAACAAUACAGUUCCAUUACAUUUUAAAGUAUUUACAAUUAUUAUCAUGCAUUAUUACUGAUAUUAUACUAGUUUUCAUAUGUUUAUAAAUUGUAAACUAUUAAAUUGCAUAUAUUCUUCGUAAUAUCCAUAGGACAUAGAUAUUUUUAUUUCAAAAAAGGCUAUUGGCUUAUCCAGCUGUAUAUUUAAUAUGUUGCCAAAUAUAUAAUCUUAAAGAAGAGUUCAAAAAUUGUUAUUCUUCAUUUUAAUAUAACGAAAUUAAUAUUUUUUAUUUUAUAAAAAAAAAACUCAUUAUUAAAUUUUUAACUCAACUUUCGAAUAAUAUUUAAAAUCACAGAUUAUAUAGUACUUUUUAACAAUUUAACCGUGGAUAAAACUGGUACAUCGAUCUUUCGUUUAUUACUUUUUAUUAUAAAAACUGGCUUUUUUAUUAUAUUUUCUGCUAAUAUAUAAUAUGGGUUUAUAAUUUCAUUACCCAUAAGUUCACCAGUCAAUAGUUUGGAUACAAAUAAAAAAACAUUAAGUUCUGAGGAAACUAAUUGAUUUUUUGGUAAUAAUGCAGUACUUGAUACAAAUUUGUCAAUUGUUGAUUCUAAUUUAAGAAUAUACGGGACCAUUUUUGACAUUAUUAAAUAUUGUUGCACCUAAAAUUGAUUAAAUAUACAUUCAUUAUAAUCAUACACACAAUUCAACAAUUAUAACAUCAAAUUUUUUGCAUACUCAACCUUACUAUCAUAUCUUUCAAGAUUAUUUAAUAAUUCUACAAUUUCAUUAAACAAGUUAUAUCCAAUUAUUACAUCAUUUAAAUUACACAUCAGUUCAUUAGUCUGUAAUUUUGUCUUUACCAUAAUGGCUUCUUUUCUAAUUUUAUCAAGAAGAGAAGACAAUGAAAUAUUUGGUAGAGUGUGACUUAUGAUUUGAAUUUUAGAAUAUUGUUUGCAAAUCUGUAUCAUAAAAAGGCAUCUAAUAAUAUUUAUACUAUUAAAUAAGAAAGUAAUAUGAUAUAAAUUAAAUUACCUGUUGAUUCAUGAUCGUCCAUAAAUUAGAAAUAUGAUUUGCAAAUUUUUUAAUUUCAUCAUUUACUGGACAAUGUAUUUCUGCUAAGCUCCACAAUGAUUUGAGCUUAUCAGCAAAAUUGCUUCUUAUUUUGUUAAACCAUUCGAGUUUUGUCUCUAAUUCAUAAUCUAAUUGUAUUCCAUAAUCAAUUUCAUUUCUAAGAAUUGUCACCUGCAGUAAACAUGUCUAUUUAUUGUAAUUUAUUUAAAAAAUAAACUUAAUGUAAACAAUCUUAACGAAAUUGUACUAAACUGAUACUACAAUAUGAGUAAUGUUUUACUGUAUCGUUUAUUGUUUAUUAUCUUAUAUCUUAAUGUAUAAAUAAUUUAUGAGUACUUACAUUUUUUUUAAGAAUUUUUAAAAGUAUAUUGGUUGAAUUUUUAACGAUAUUUGUUUGAGAUUCCAUCAGAUUAGUAUCUUUCAUCCAAUAUACAUUAGAUCAUUUAAAACAGAAGAAAAGAGAAAAAGAAAAAAAAAAUAAUUGUGUUUCUAUGGAUAAUAGUUGAAGAUAUACGAUUAUCAAUUUUUUCUAGAUACUUUUGUUUUAUUUCAGUAAAUUAUUCUAAUGGCAAAUACAAAUGAAUUUUUUUUUAGAUUUAUAUCUUGUACAUAAAGUUGACAUUUUUUUUUAUGAUCGUUAUUUCUACGGCGAUUUACAAUAUGAGAUACUAAUGACAUCUUUUGGCUAGUAUUUAAUUCGUAAAAUGAUGUAACGAGGUAUUGUAAGUGAAAGCAGACAGGAUCUACUUCACAUUUGACUUAACAAAUUCUCUAUAGUUUUGCAAUCUUAAUCCUUGUUUCUUAUCAUUAAAAAGUCCUAUACUUACGAAUCUAAGUAAUUUACAAUUUUCUUGAACUAAUAUUUUAUUACGAUUACUUUUAAAGCUAAUAUUUAAUAUGUUCAAUCCAUUAUGGACAUUAUUUCAAUAUUGAGUCUAGUUUAUUAUUUGAGAAACAAUUUACACACAAAUAUUAACAGAUAUUGAUUCAAAAUUACUUUCAAACGAAAUAGAUACCACAAUUAUUUUAAAAAAGAAUUUAUUAAGGAAUUUUUAAUUUUUAUUAAGGAAUCGUGCAAGAAAUAGCAAUUGUUCAGAUUGGUGUGUCUCUUACUAAAACAUUAAAUAAUCUCUUUGCACAUAAAUAUAAAUUACAGAACAGGAGAUGAGUAUCAUUGGUAAAGAUAGAAGGACGGAUAGCAUUAUUUAUUUGCAUUAGUAUUUAAAUGUAAUAUCUGUAAUAUUAAAGAAAUGUUAUUUCA